AUGGAACAGACCACCCCACAACAACCCGAGGAACAAGGCGGCCACUACAACGCCCCCGAGAUCCACGACCCGAUCCUCAAAGCGGUCAACGAGGCCCAGCCUUUUGAGGAGGCCACCGCCGGCCAUUUUGGCAGAAGACCUUCCUACUUGUCCCAGUCCUCUGGCGACUUGAAGGACCCCUUUGGCCAGCCCAUCCGCCAGGCCGACAUGCUGAACCCAGCCCGUUCCAGAAACGAGAGACCCUUGGACACGAUCCGCGGCUUUGAGUACCAGAUCACGGGCGACUUGUCGUACAGAGACCAGCUCGAGUCGAGCCGCUUGGGCUGGGGGUUCCACGAGGAUUUCCCCCACUACAGCCUUCUGGGCCAGGGCGACGGCCAGGAGUACCUGCGGCCCGUGGCCAGCUUCAGCGGCGGCGAACAGGCCAUGUACCAGGCCAACAACUACAGUGCAUCGUCGUUGAAGCCAGAGACCAAGAAGAAGAAGAAGGGCCUUUUUGGCCGCAAGAAGUAG